AGUCCGUGACUACUAAUUUACGUUGAAACUUGUUAAUAUGGUGUUUUUGUAUGAUUCAUAAAGCGAGAUAGGGAUAAAAAGAGAAAGAAUCUGAAGAAAUGUCAAAAUUAAAGCUUCGAGAUUAAUAAAGCUUAAAUGAAAUAUGAAACUUAUAUAUUUAUAAAAAUACACGACAAAUCUAUGUGCAUUUCUUUCUGUCAACGAUAUUUAGUUUCAUGUAUCAUGUGUAAUAUAAAUAAAACUGCAAUCUGCGAUUACUGUCAUAUAAAAUAAACAUAGUUUAUACAAAAACUUUACUCGAUUUUAUUGAAUUCUAUUAUUUAUAAUUUAAACUAGGUACACAAAGUUAGUUCUUGGAAAAUUUUAAAUUAUGGAUACCGCCCAAUCGUUAUACCUUAACCUCUUUGGUGAGGACAAGAUUCAUGUUUUAAAAGAAUUAUUACACGCUUGCGUGGAUGAAAUAUGUGGAAGACCAGGUCCGACUUAUCAUAAAUUUGUAAAUAGUAUGGAUUGGAGUAAAGAAGAAUACGAAGAGACAUAUAAAUUAAUAUCUACGCUUCUAAGACAUCCAGCGUCAUUGUAUUUGACGGAAGAAAAGAUGCCACAAGAGUACCACGAAUUACCAGAGCAGAUUCAACAAAAUAUAUUAUCGUGUUUGAAAGUAAGAAGAGAACAAUUAACAGAUGCUCUGCUGAUGGAAUGUUCCAAAGAGAAACACGAGACUGUAAUUGACUUUGACUGGAGAUUGAAGUUUGUAAUGGGCUCUAGCAAACUAGCUUCCUUAAGAGAGCCUCUUCUACAAUUAGAUCUCAUUCUUGAAAAUAAGAAUUCAAAACGUAUUCUAGAUUUGGAAUUAAAUAAAGAUGAAUUGGAUACCUUUAUAAACACCAUGGAAAAUAUAGUGCUUGAAUGUAAACAAAACAAUUAAUAAUAAAAAGAUUUUUUAUGCUUAACCUAUUAAUAUUAUUUAAAUUGUCCAAGAUGAAAUAAGAACACGAGAGUUUUUUUUUUAUACUUGUUUCACAGUUUAUUAUAGGUUAUAGAUAAAUGUAGAAUAGUUUAAUUACUAUUAUAACUGCUCAUCGAAGAUACUGAAGACUGUUGGUCUGUGUCCGAGGCAUCAUCGACUCAAAAAUCUCAUUUACAAUUUUGUAGUCCCGGCGCACAAAAUAAAUAA